AUGGACUCCUCAAACAAUAAAGAUAAUGAUUUAAACAAUCAUACUUCCAGUAACAUGCAUUCUGGUGAUAGUUCUAACUCUGUAACUAGUACUACAAGUAAUAAUACAAAUAAUACUAUUGAAUAUAACGACGGUGUUAACGGAGUAAAUCAUCAUCACCAUCAUCACCAUCAUCUGCAUAAUUCAACUAACAAUCCCAGUCAUUCACAGCAUAGUAGUGGGCAUUAUAAAGAUCAUAUUUUACACCAAAUGCAAGGACUUCAUACAGAAGUACAAUACCAUGAUGAAUAUAUCAAUAGUCGUAAUUCUAGUGGCAUAUCGAUUAAUUCAGAAAAUAAAAGUUCUACUUCAUUAUCAGCAAAAAAACCAUCCCAUGGUAAAACAACUCAGAAUAUUGUAUUUAUUCAUAAAUUAUACAAUAUCCUUGAAAAUAAGGAGUUAAAACAUUUAAUUUGGUGGUCCGAUAAUGGUAAAUCAUUUUUCAUUAAACCAAAUGAAAAGUUCAGUAAAGCUUUGGCAAAAUAUUUUAAACAUACAAACAUUACUAGUUUUGUCAGACAAUUAAACAUUUAUGGCUUUCAUAAAGUGACAAAUUUGAAUGAAUCCAAUACAACAAUGACAGAAAAGGAAAGAGAAAAAUCACACGAUCCUACUGAGGAUGACGAUACAACCACCAUAAAAAUAUGGGAAUUUAAGCAUAGUGCUGGAAUAUUCAAAAAGGGUGAGCCAGAGAGUCUCAAACUUAUAAAGAGAAGAUCGAGUUCACGUAAUAGUUCAAAUGCAUACAAGAAGAGACCAAAUCUCUUAGAGAACCACUCUGGUGUAAAUUUCACCAAUGGAUCCGUAAGCCAUACUGACCUUUCCUACGGCACAGACAAUAACGGUCAUACACAGACCAAUUCUGCAUUUUCAGCAGAACAACUAAACAGUUUGAGAUCACAUUCUUCCUUUUCGCCUUACUCUUCAAAUGAUACUAUUAAUAAUUUACAAAAUUCAUAUAAUAAUGCUCCGCCAGGUUUAAUGCAGAAUUCCCAACAUUUGCCUCCCCAAAAUAUGCAACAAAUUGAUGGACAAUUUGUAACACAAAAUAACCUAAAUGCGACCAAUGAAUUUAUCAUGGAACAAUUUUAUUCUCUAAAUAAUGAUAUGAUACAAGUAUUAAACAACCUUCAGAAUUUUGUCACUUUACAAAAUUCUAUAGCUUUUAAUGACAAUCCUACACGUUCUUUGACUAAAAAAUACCUAAACCAAUAUGAUAUAUUAUAUCACAAUGUUUCAAACUUGAAGAGUGAUCUAGUAAAUAAAUAUCAAACAUUAGCUACAGCAUUUUAUGAACAACAGCAACAUUCAUAUGUAGUUCAGCCUUCGCUGCACCCAAAUUUGCAAAUUCCAGGUUCACGCAUGGCAAUUCACCCGUUAUCUUAUCCACCACAAACACAAUCUAUGAGAAACAAACCUUUUCCUUCUCAGUCACCAUCACUUCUGAACCUAGCAACAUCACAAAUAUGUCAACCACCAAACAAUCCAGCUGGGGCUCGGUUUUAUCCUGAGCAAACAACUACAAAUUUGCAAAAUACCCAAGAACAUAGCAAUGAUUAUCAAAAACUGGCGACUUCAAAUUCAACAUCACACACUUCUAUUGGUCUUGCACCUAGUAGUAUGAUGUCUCAACAAUAUCCACAGGUAUCACCCGUAGAUCAUACCCAAACGUCUUUAAUAAACCCUAUAAAUGAACAAUACAAAGAAAACAUUUACGUGCCAACUAACCCUGUCGGAAAUAUGAACGGUAUAGUUAAAAACCUCACAUUAUCGGACACUGUUGCAAGCAGGAAUCAAAACAUGGCUUCUGAAACUACUCUUACCAAUCGCAGCGCACCUUCAGAAAUACCAUUUCAAUCCAUUCAGAAGGCAUCAAUAGGAGGCACAAAGACUAUUUCGACUCCGGAUUUGGUUGAUAACUCAGUCACUGACACACCAGUUCCAUUGAAAGUAGAAGGAAAGGAGUUUUCUCAUGUGAAGAAACUUCAGGAAACUUCACUUAAACAACAGAAUUCUUCCUCCCCAAUCGAACUUUCAUCAAUCACGAAAAUAUCUACAGACGAGGGUACUCAGCUUAAGAACAGUAAAGUAUACUCAUUGUUAAAUAGCACAGCACCGACAAAUAAGGUAAACGAAUAUGACCAUGUUGACAAAAAACCAAAACUAUAA